AUGAGUGCAAAUUUAGUAAGUACAGAUCUAUAUGGUGGCGCUAUAAAGAUUGAUUUGCCACCUGGCUUUAUGGAUGUUUCAAUGCUAAGGGAAAUACCAGAUAAUCAAGAAGUUUAUGUAAAUAGUAGAACAGAACAAGAGAUUAAAGACAACAAAUAUUGCGACGGAUUAGGAAGCCAAGAAAGUAUCAUAAUAGAUUUGUUACAAAGGGUAAAAGCCGAUUCUGAUUUUGAAGCUUUGAAAAUUCAUUUAAAUGAAAUAAGUGAAAUCAAUCAAACUGUUGGUGGUUAUGAAAUUAUUAAAACUGAUGAAAUAGAAUCCAACACUGAUGAUAAAUGUAAAGCGUUUUCAGCUAUUAUAAGAGAAACCAGUUUGAAAUGGGGUAAGAAAUCAGAAGCACAUUUAUUGAAUAUAUGUGUAGGUAUAAUCCGAUUAAGUGCAUACGAUACGGAUGUUUUAAUAUCUAUUAAUGUGCCUGAACUGCAAUACACUGAUUCAGCAUAUGAUAUAUUAACCAAUAAGAUCAUCAAAUCAUUCCAAUUAGUUGACCCAUCUCUUUUUGCAUAA